CCAUGUCACGUACGCAGACCGUCCCAAAAACAUCCUCAUCGCCUCCAGGGCAAGGCCUAUGUCGGUGCGGGUCGGCCGUCCUUCUUGCUAGCAUCACCAAGGUGCUCGUCUCUCCAGUUUUAUGCAUUGCAAAAUCGCCUUCCACUAACCUCACAUGCUAGCCAUACCGCGCCACACUGGGCUGUGCAAUUGCCACCCUCAACUGAACCGUCGCGGCGACUGAAAUAUGGCCGCUUU